GUGUCGGAGAAGAAGGUGAAGGGAAAAGUUCCAAUUUUCCUACCUCUCGAUCUCGUUUCGAUUUUGUUGGAAUCUAGGGUUUCAGCGUCUCUGGCGGGUUCUCCGAUGGGGAAAGGGAGGUGGGGCGGGCGGUGGCAGUGGAGCGACGGUGGAGCGGCGGCGGCGGAGGGACGAUGAAGUGCGAGAAGCACCCCUACGAGCUGGGCGUCGGCGUUUGCGCCUCCUGCCUCCGGGAGCGCCUCCUUGCCCUCAUCGCUGAUCAGAACGUGGUCCCCGCCGACUAUGACCACUGGCAGCCGGAAACCCCUCCCGGGCCACCGCCGCCACUUGUCUUCCCCCGAUCUGUUUCGCCUUACGUCUCCCACCGCCGAUCCGUCGGAUCCGACGCCUCGGCGGCCUACGGUAGCCACAAUAACCAUCGUUUCUUCAGCACUCCCCAAGUCGGCCCCACCUUCGACGCCGCUUCCGGCGGAUGUGGGGGCGAUGUCGACGAGGGGAGGCGCCGGCGCUCCGGGAAGUUCUCCGUCUUCUCGAACCUGUUCCGCCACCACCGAUCGGAGGAGGCUGAGAGCGAUCUGGGGAGCUUCAAGAGUUACGGAUCGGAUUCUUGGUUCUCGGCGCUGAUCCGCCGCCGCCACCGGAAGAAGAAAUCGCGUAGCUUCGCGGCGGCAGAGGAGGCGGAGCCGUCGGGGAUGUCCCGGCCGUCCGACCGGGGAAUGUCGCCGGUGAUGGAUGAUGAGGCGGAGGAUUGUUCUAGUGGGUACUCCACCGAGUCGUCGAGCGGGCGGCGGCGGCGGCCGACCCCGACGCCGAUGCGGCGGUUCCUGGCCGGCGCCUACAACCACCACGGCAGUCUCGCCAGCGUCUCGGGCUUCGCGGUCUGCCUGAGCCCGCUGAUGAUGGCGGGCUCCAACGGCCGGAGGGGGAAGCCGGCGGAAGCGAGUAUCUCCGGCGAGCUCCGGAGCACGCCGAGCCAGCACCACCGGCGCUGCGGGCGCCACGGCGGCGCUCGGCUCGGACCGAACCGGUCAAGGAAGCUGGCGGACUUCGGCCGGUUCGAAUGACGGUUUUGCCCUCGUCCCUCUUCUCUUUUUACCCGGUCGAGGACAUUUUUCUCAAAUUUAUGUAUAGGAAUUAGAAAAAAAAAGUUGGACGGUGGAAUUGAAUGAGCUAUAUAAUAUCCUAGUGGUUUCAUUA